UUUUUUUAAAACUAGUUGCUCCAUAAUGUUGUCGAUGACUAUACAUCUAAUUUGAUAAUGACAAUCACGGAUAUGAAUAUCUGGCUGAAAAUAUUAAUAAUGUUUGUGGUAUUCCACAAAGUCAAAAUGAAAAGGCUCGUGGUGAAUACAACAUGUUUGGAGUUAGCUAAGCCCUCCAAUCAACAGCUCCGUUUGACCUGUAGUCAAUAUGAUUAUCAUUGUCUUCUGGAUGAGACUUUCACCAAUGAGUUUGAGGUCUGCAGGGAGUGGAAAUGGAUUCCUGGAGGAAGGUGUGCGUAUUUCAAUACAUAUGAGGCAGGUAAUAUCGACGGACGACCGUGUAUUAAUUCGGGAAAGUGGUUAUGUCCGAAUAUGCAGUAUUCGUCUGAAGAAACUACUAACUAUCCUGCGUGUCAUAUGAAGAAAACCAGCGUUGCUAUAACAACAAGUUCCUUUCAGGUUGCUUCAGAAUAUCCCUCCGAUAAAAAUAAUUCGACUUCAUUACAAUUUCAUGAAACCAUUGGAAAAACAAACGUUAGAGCGGGCAUAAUCAUUAUAAGUGUCUAUCUAUCGAUCGGAGUUACGAUUCUUUUACUAUCCAUUGUGUGGUACCUCAGAUACAGAAAAGUCGCCAACGGUAGAGACGGCACAGAAUCGAACGGUAGAAAAAGUGAUCCCCGAACUGUAGAACACCAACCACUUAAUGGUGAUGGUUCUGAUAAAAAACACAUAAUGAAAGGAAAUUCAGCAGAGAGUGUGCAAGGUUCACAGCUUGAUCCUACAAUAGCAUGUGAUGAUGAUGAAUCCCCUGAGGCGUUUUAUAUGACUCAACAGAGCAAAACAAAAGAAACGGGUGGGUAA